AUGGACAAGCUGCACACGUCACAAGACGACGGGAAACUCGCGCAAAUGCGUUCGGCCAUUUGUAGCAGGUAUUUCAAUAUUGUACUUGGCCAUCCAUGGAAAGUAAUAUUGACUACACUAACCGUCUCCUUUAUUCUUGUAGCUAUAUCUAUCAGUUUCCACUAUGAUAUAUUUGACUUUGAUCCAACAACGGGUUUCGAGACCAGAGGCACAGCAUUAGCUAAUGCUAGAUUGACUCUGGAUGCAAUCAAAAGAACUACGGAUUUGUACGAAAAGCUCAGAACCGCAGCAUCUAAAGAGGAAAUUAUGCAAGCAAAAAAAAUUCUGGAAAAAACUAGAAGAAGAAGACAAGCGAAAACUUUUAAAAUAGAUCAAAGCGCAGUCGAAAAGGUUGUUUACAGUAAUGGCUCAGGGAUAUACUCUUAUACAAGAUUGCGAAAAAUGGAAAAUUUCACAACUACCACCACCCUUGAGCCGAUAUCCAUCGACUACAACGAUUAUGGUGUGGAUUCUGCGCCGAAUAAAAGACAAAUCGACAUUGACCCUUGUAUUCAAUAUAGCGCUGUUGGCACUUUUGUCCCCUAUCAUGAUUUGGAAUUUUUAGCAAAAAUUAUUCUAGAAGUUGAAGAUAAUAAGCUGUUUACGCUAGAGGUAUUUCGCAAGAUGUGUGAAGUCGACAAAGUCAUCGAUGCUGUAGUUGAAAAAUCAGUUCACAAACCAGUGACAACCCGAGCAAAAUAUUCAUUUAAUCUCCCUCAUUAUUCAAAUUGCCUGAAUUUUACGACACCGAAUAAGUGCUCAGCAUUGAAUCAGCCUGACAUAGAUUACCUCAAGAAUGCUGUCCAGAGAUGUCGUAAGGAUCCAUCGCUAAACUCAUGUAAAACCCCACUUAUGGGUCAAGUUCUCAACUAUCUACUUCCUCAAUCUGAAUCCGACAGCAAGCAUGUUGCUAUUGUGCUGAAGGUUCCUCUGCAUGGAAAGGGGAACAACGACAUGGAAUUCUACAACGAUUUGCUCAGUUCGCUACGAAACCAUUUUUCCAAACCUAUUAUCCUGAAAGGAGCGCAUUUCAAUUUGAAAGAAGACGAAUUUCUCAAUGCAUUGUCCAAUGACACUAAACUUGCUUUCAUAUCAGCUGCUCUGGUGCUUUUGUGCUUUUUAUUAUAUUCCCGCAGCAUUUUUUACACAUUUAUAAUCGCACUUAUCAUUAUGCUGUCAAUGGGAGUGGCAUUCUUCUUCUAUGCGGUAAUCCUGAAAAUUAGGUUUUUCACUGCAUUGAAUACUUUGGCUCUGGCUCUUAUGAUUGCUGUUGGCGCAGAUGAUGCAUUCUUACUCAUGGUGUAUUAUAGAAAGUAUAAAAAGCUGAAAGAGGAGCCCUAUCAAGUUGGUGAACCCUAUGUUCCUCUGUACAAAGAACAUGAUCGGAUAAUCAGAGCUAUUCGAAGUUCCCUCCAACACUCGCUGGCGUCGAUGUUUGUCACUUCAGCAACUACGGCUGUGGCAUUUAUCUCCAACCUUACAAGUAAUAUAAUUGUGUUAAGAUGCUUCGGAGUCUACGCUUGUUUAACUGUGAUGGUCAACUUCGUUUUGGUCGUCUCCUUACUCCCAAGCACUAUGGUCAUUACUUGCACAGAAAGACAGCGAAAAUUCUUACCUCAGAUUGAUAUCGCGUCGAAGUUUUCCCACAUGAUCUAUACAAGCCGCAUUGUCAUCUUGACGGCAGGUGUUAGUGCAGCACUAGUUGCUUUCAUUAUAGUCUUUGUCAAUCCCGGUCUGCCAAUGCCUCGUUAUAAUCCGGCAAAGAUGCUCCGCAAUUCACAUCCUUACGAGUGGUAUGCGAACAAUGCGCAUUUGUUCAAUUUUGAGUGGCACCUUAAUGUUAAAUUUACUGAACAUUAUAUCAUUGGCAUCAGUCCAAUAAGUGAUACCACUUUCUUUGAUCCAUAUAAAAAAUACGAGCCACCCACUAGGACUGUUGCGCUCACUUUUACUAAGAAAGACAUUGAAAAGAUACAGGUAAAUAUCGCAAUGCUUGUGAAUAAACGAUUUCCCGAUUAUAAAUCGUGGCUGGAUGGUUUCCUUUCAUCUAAUAUUACGUGCAAAAACGAAGAGGUAAUUAACGCAUCCUGCUUGAGACAAUUCGCCGCAGAAUCAUAUUCACCGGUUUUCUCGGAUUAUGCUGUCACACCUAGUGAUGGGCCAAUAUUUGAUGCGAAUUACAGACUGCUGGGCUAUUUCAUUUCGACAUUAUCAAAUGAAACGCUGGCUCUCGAUUUUAAAGUUUUGGAAAUUGUGGCGCAGACAAUCGAGGCGAACUGCAAGAAGAUGGUAGCUGUUGGCGAUUUACCCAUAAUGUGCCUGACAUCUUCCGACUUGACCAAACUUUACGAUGUUAUUGCAACUUUUUCCUCGUCAACUCUUUAUUCUGUGAUAAUUUCUGUUGCUGCUAGUCUUUUAGUCGUUAUUCUAUGCACUAGACGGCUAGUAUUAUCGCUCUUAGCUGUUGCUGUUGUUUCUGGUAUUAUACUUUGGACUAUAGGCAUCUCCAUUAUGACAGGUUGGGAACUGAGCGUUGUUGAAUCCACAAUCCUAAUUCUAACCAUCGGUUUGAGUUUUGAUUUUACCCUACAUAUGGCUGUCUCCUACCGAGAUAGCAAGGAGAUCCUUGUUGAAGAUCGAAUUCGUUCAUGCCUUUCAUCGGCUGGUCGGGCAUGUAUGCUUGGUGCUACAACAUCUAUUCUCUGUGGAAUUCCUCUGAUAUUUGGGGAAACUGCUGCGUUUACCCAGAUCGGCUCCCUGCUCAUCAUACUUGGAAUGACGUCCCUAUUCGGAGCUGUCAUCGUCUUUCCAGCCGCGCUGGCAUGUUGGUCAACAAUUCGAUCACAAAAAGUUUCUUCAAUGCGACUUUAA